AUGUGUCGGCAGGUCUGGUUCCAGAACAGGAGAGCCAAGUGGAGGAAGACGGAAAAGUGUUGGGGCCGAUCUACCAUCAUGGCGGAGUACGGGCUGUACGGCGCGAUGGUUAGACAUUCUCUGCCGCUACCUGAGACCAUCCUCAAGAGUGCCAAGGAGAACGAGUGCGUAGCGCCCUGGCUACUUGGAAUGCAUAGAAAGUCCAUCGAGGCAGCAGACACGCUGAAAGACGACACGAACUCCCAGACGAGCGUCAAGGACGAAGAGGAAAACGCCUCCGGAGAGAAGAAGAUCCCGAGGGAAGAGCAGGAAGAGUUCAGGAACAACAGCAUAGCGUGCCUGAGGGCGAAGGCCCAGGAACACAACAAGAUGCUGGGCCUGGGAGAGCCGAUGAUGCAGGGUAUUCGCCUCCAAGCGACCGACACCAACGGGAAUACUGUCCCGACGGAACAGCACAUGUACUAACCGAUCACCGGAGGAUCUUCGGUGGUGAGGGGAUACUGUUGAGACUUGGAGGCCGGAGGAUCAGUUUGAGUGUCUUGUGAUGAGACGGGCCAUAACCGUGUGGUUUUUUUUAAAUUUUGAAAUAUUAAACGCUAGAGGAAAACAAAACAUUAUUUUAUAAAGGAUUAUUGGCAUUCAAUUGUUAUUGAGAAUCUUGCUAUAGUACAAGAACUUGAAUAAGUUGUUCAAUAUUUAGAUGAAAUGGAUGGAAUAGUUGGAAUCACGCUCAAUGGUCUGUGGCUUGGUAUAGAUAGCAAAAUCCAUCCACUUGCUCAUUCCCAAAGAAUUUAUACAAAAAUAGAUGAUUGGAAAUCAUCUUCUCUUCUCCGCAUCAUCCGAAUGUGUCAAUCCGCCGAUUUGUUGUUAUUGGUAAUAACGGCAUUAUUAGAAUGAGGAAGGAUAAUAGCAGUACCUCUUCCAGCUCUUUGUUUACUUCAUUAAAUAGGAAGGGAAAGAAGUUCUUUAACCCAGCUCCUUUUCAGUUGUCUCAUGAUGGGCAUGUCGUUUUGAAGUCUGUUGUUGAGUCCGUGUAGUUUAAUAUGAAAUCGGGUGUAAAGAGUUCGUAUAUGUUGGUCGAUAGUUGGUUGUCGCUAUAUAAAGUUCUUAAAAUUUUGAACUGAAAAGAUUGUAGUUUUUCUGGGCCCUUUUUGCUGAACUGUAAAUUUGUGAGGCUUAUAUCAGAUAGAGAUUAAGUAGGUUAUGUGUAUGUAUUAAGUUUUUGUCUGAUUUUCAGUUUUAAAUUGAGAUAUCAUUUAAUCCAAAUGAUUCACUUAACUGAGUUUUCUUGAAUAACUAAUCACUAAGAAAAAAAGAGUCACUUGAGUUAAUUUUCUAUACCUUUAGCUUGGUAUCGAAAUACCAAAUGUAUAUUUUGCUCAAGAUUUUGGAAGAAUGUUUUGAAAAUGAAAAUUCUUAAGUCUAUUUUUCAAAUCUCAUUUGAUAAGAUCAAUUCAGUGAAUUUAUUUUUGUUUAUUCAUUUAUAUACUUAAUCGUGAUGGUGCUUUUAAAUUAUUUCCACAAUUCAAUUUCUUACGAUACUUAACUCUGGCAUUAAUCCCCCGCCCUCAACCUGGCUCGGGAAAAAACCCACAUAGUCUAAAAGACGAAGGAGGGAAGAACAAAAAAAAAAACAAAAUAAAACAACUGAUUACCAAAAUAUUUUAAAAUUAUUGUUAGCUCACGAAAUAUAAUUUGUGACAACUCAUUUAUAUUUCAUAAUUAGCAGUUCCAUUAAUCAUUGAAUGCCAUGUAAAAAUUGACAAAAAAAAAUUAAUUAAAAUAAAUUGACUUCAGACUUCUGCAAAGCAGAUUCAGCAAACACUAAAAUUAAUGUGGAGAGAUGUGCUCAAAUAGAAUGCUUCAAAGUCUCAGAUGUAAAUCUCAUGUAAAUAUUUUUGAAAUUAUUUAGUUUAUAGACCUUUAUUCACUUGAAUAAACAAUGAAUUUUGUAUCUGAUUGUAAGACUGCGUGUUUCUUUUUAUUAUAUAAUAAUAAAUUUGAAAUUUAUUCAAUUAAUGGGACAGUACAAUAAGAUACCACUCUUUUUUCUUCAUUAAUAUUUUUCAAUAGUUUAAUUAAUAUAGAUUUAGAGUUUUUUUUUAUUAUUGUUAGAGAGUAUAUAAUAUUUUAUUUUCCUUUUUCAAUAAGAAAAAAUUAAUUAUGUGUUAACAUCAAAGCAACGAAACGGGUUGUGAUGUACGAUAUAAAGCAGUGAAUCUAAUGUUCUCAAUAAUUUAUUAAAUGAUUGACAAAUAAGUGUAGAGAGGUUUAUUGAUAAUUGAGUUCUCGCGAGAUAGCUAUUCAAUGAAUCCACUUUUGUUAUUAACCAUUAGAAGAAUAGACGCCUAUUUUAAUACAAUAUAAAAUUAAAUUAAACAUAUUAAUACUGACGAAUGCUUAUGAUUGGUAGUACAUCUGUUUAAUGCCUUAGCAAGAAUUAAAUGAGAAAUAUAUACUUAAUCUAGUUCUUUCAAAGUGAAACUGUCGACAAAGUCAAGGACUGAAAAAUCGAUUGUGAUCUCACUAUAAUUGAACAUCGAUACAAGUUCGAGAUGAAUACCUCGAAUUUUCCACGAAUGUUUGCAACGAAAUGAACUUCAAGAACUGAAUGCGAGAUAUUGAUCGAAGGCUCAAGGUUUUGAAACAUCGACGAAGAAUCCACGAACAUUUAAAGAACUGAUAUAUUGACAUCAGAUUCUAUAAAAAAUGAAAAAAAAAAAUAUAACUUUUUACAAUUAUUAAUUUUUUUUUUUUUAAAUAAAUACAUAAAUUAAAAAAAAUCUGUACAAAUGAUGCAGUCCUGAUGUGAUUGUAUUUCUAAUUUAUGAAUUGUGUAAAUAAACUAUGUAUUAUUUUAAUUAUAUAAAUAGAUAUUUAAGGGUGGGUCUUGAAGGGUAUUUAAUAUUUGUGCUAUUAUAUAUACAUAUUAUAUAUAUAUAUAAAUAUUUCGGUGAUAUGUAAAUUAUGUGUGCAAUACCUAUUGGCUCAUGGCAUAGGGCCUGUAUGUAUAGAGGAAAAGUGUAUAUUCAUAUAGUGAAAUAGUAUGUAAAUAGUCAAAUAAUAUGUUUAUUAUAUAUAUAUUUUAGAGUCCAGGAAAAAAGUUUUUUUUCUCGAUCAACAACGAUUCAUUUAUUUGUUUCUGUAACUUUUGUACUAUUUUGUAAAGGGUUCGUCGGGAUUAUUACCUCAAGGGUGCUUUAUGUUGUUAUGUGAAAUGGUGGUGCUUUUUAUUUUAAUUUUUUUUUAAAUUCCUAUCUUGGUCGUGAUUUUUUAUUUUCAAUAAUUUUUAAUGAAAAAUUAUUAGAUAUAAUUCUACUAUACUUAUUUAAAAAAAAUAAAUAAACAAAUAAAAAAAAAUUAAAAUGGUUUCGGCAAAAGAGAAAAUGGUUAUUUCAUAUAUUUAUUUAGUUCAAUGUGCAAUAAUUUUUCAAAUUCAAUUCAUAAUAUGAUUUGUAUUAGUAAUGUAAAAAUUUUAGUAACUCACUAACUAUAUUUUUUUCAAUUUAAUUCAUUGUAAUUCGUUUUAUUGCUAAUUUCUCCCUAUUUUAUAGAAAAAUAUUUAUCGUUUAAUUUGUGUUCUCAUAUGAACGAUGAUGCUCAUUAUAUGCUUUGAUAUUGUACUUUCAAAAAUAUUGUAAUAAUCGAAUGUAAAUUUAAAAGGUUUAUCAACAGCGUUUUUUGUUUUUGUGGAAUUAUUUCUUUAUUGUAUAAAUAUAGUGAGCUUACGUACUGUAAAUACUCAGUUUUAGGCAAGAAUGUAUUAUAAAUAUAUAUAUUUCGUAAUUGGGUUGCAGCCCUUUCUUGCCAUGUCUUUUGGUAAAAAAAAAUGUAAAACCCCAAUAUGUAUUGUAUAUGUCAAAAUAGAUGUUUACCAGAUGGGACAAAAAUUAAUAAAACUAUCUAAAAUUCAAUGUAUGUAAA